UAACAAGUACUUUAUCUUGUAUGUAUGGUGUAUUGAUGUUAACGUAAAAUUGCAAAGUGGAAAUUUGUAUAUGUUCUUUUAUUAUUUCUUGCUAUCUUUCGAUUGGUUUGAUUGUUGUAAGGAUACUCAGUAUGUUAAGUCAUCGUUAGUGUGCGAUCACUGAGUCAACAACACUUGAUAUAGACAGUUAUUUGAGAAGUUGAACUUGGGCAUGAGAUUUUAGUAGACUGAAAAUGCCAGAUGAAACAGAAGUUUGGGCAGUUCCUGCUCAUAUAGGAACAUCCCCACCAUACAAAUCAGACAUGCGAUUUCGAAAUAUGAAAUUGAAUGCGAGAUUAUUAGGUAGAAAGUCGAGAGAAAGAAAACUAAUGCUACCGUGUGAUUCUCCAUUUCAGAAACGAAACCUUACUAAAUAUCCAAUGGAAUACAGCCACAUGGAGUCUAGAAAAAAUGCAGACGGACAACAUAUCGUUCGAAAAAUAACAGCAGAGAAAGUAAAAAAAGCUCAAGUUGACAGUGAGAAUUUACGGCAAUACAGUUUAAAGAUGUUUGAUAAUGCCGUGGACGUCUAUACUCAUCGCAAUGAUCAAAGAAAUGUUCUAUCUGAAAUUCCAUCUCGUAUUAUGUCAGGACAUAAUGGACCAACACAUAACGGAAGUGUUUUAUACAACAAAAGAAGCAAUAUUAUGAAUUCUAUCCGUCUUAGGUCACAGUCAGAGAUUCCAACUAGAUUUAACCAUUUGAAAUCGCAGACAAUACAACCUCAGAUAAAGCAAACAUUAUGUAGAAGCAAUAGAGAGUAUACAGUGUCGUGUGUUUCACCAAAAGUGCAGUCAGCUAGGUCUGUAUCAACAAUAUCCAACAACAGUGAGUUUAGGCUUAUUCCAAAUGGCUCUAUGUGUUCAGAGGAAUUAGAUUGGGUAAAGUCAGAAAUGAAUGACAGUGUAUUUGAUGACAAUGAAAACUGCUCAAACACCUCUUCAAGUGUUUCUAUGGAUCCUAGUUUUCUCAAAAGAAAUCUACCUUCAGCGAAGCUUCAUUUUUAUUCAAUUGAAGAGGAUUCAUCGUCAGAAGAAGACCUAAAUGUUACAGAUGCAGUGCCGACCGAAGAACCAAAAAAAGAUCUUAUACCUGAACCUCAGCCUGAAACCUCUCGACCCAAAUCGGGAAAAGGACGACCGAAAAGUGGACGAUCAAAAAGCAGUGCUAGUCCAAAAUCAAAAGCUAAACGUGGAAAAUCACCCAAAAGUAAAAAGGGUAAAGAUAAGGAAUCAGUUCCUGUUACUCCACCACCUCAACCUGAAGUUAAAGUAAUUGAAACUCCUCCGGUUCGUAAACCUUUAAAGGGUCCAAAGUGCUGGGUAGACGAUGCUACAAUUACAAGUGAAAAGGAAAUACUUAACGACGAUGAAAAUAUUUCACAAACUUCUAAACCUGGAAGUCCUACGUGUAAAAGUCCUGCAAAAUCAAACGUUAGCUUCAAAAACCAAGGUGAAAGUCCAGACAUAGACAAUGUUCAAACUUUACCAGAACCCGUGAAAAAAGAACAAUGUUUGGUGCUAGAGGAAGUAGAGCAAUACAUUCCAAAUGGACUUCCUUCUUUCAUAUGUCCUAGCUCCGAAGAGCGAUCUCGACAAGAAGCCAUAAAAGACUGGCUUGCAGGGUGUAACUUUGGAUCUGCAAGUCGAUGUGUACCAUUAUUAUAGAUUUUCAAUAACAAGAAUUUCAAUAUACCAUGUUACUUACAAUUAAUAAGUAAUUGUCAUUUAUUUAGUAAAAGUUCAUUCGUUUUUCUUUGAAAUUUCUUUUGCCCUUAAUCUAAUUAAAGUUAGAUCUUUAAUUGAUCCUAAAUUUCUGAUAUGUCGUGCGUAAAGAUUCAUACGCCACAUAUCAGAAAAGGGGGAGCAAUUUAAACACCUAAUUUCAAUUAGGUUGUUCUACUCAAUGAUUUAUAUCAUCGACGCAUUUCGUGUCGACAUGUUGUGCUGCUUAUAUUCAAAAGACAAUUAUUGUGUCAAUGUUUACAUUUCUAAAAAAUUGUAUUAAAUCCAAAGUAUAUCUGAGUAUCAAACUCUAAACGUAACAGAACACAGGCAACAACAGAUCUUUGUGAGGGGUUCGCAGGGUAAAACAUUCUACUUCAUUUUCGCCUUCAAUAUCAUUUUUUCUGGUAUUUAAGGAACUGUGAACUUUUCUCAAACAGUAAGAUCUUAACUUAAUUAGUGUGCAUCAUAUCAGUUUAAAUGAUGCCACGUAAACGUGUAAUAUUUGCUACUGCCUAUCUGUUUUAAGGUAGAAACGAACCCUUUUCUUAACUAAUUAAGUUUUAUGUUUACAAUAAAAAUAACAGUCAUGUUCGGAUACUGUUUUACGUGAAUUUAAUAUUUGUUUUUGAGAGAAAAAACCAUCGUCAAUACAAUGUGUUAAUUUGUUGAACAAUGCUUUUAGUUAACACCAAAACCUGAAAUUAACCCAAAAUUGUCUUGUUUAAGAUCAGGUUUCCUGUGAGCGUCUAUGUCCCUUUCUUUCACCUGUCAUACAAAAUGUACCUAUGAUGUAGAAUGUUUUCCCCAAUGGGUAAACCGUAUGUACUAGUCAAGACUAUGACAUACAGUCGGUAUACUUCCGAAUGAUUUUAUUGUGUCCAGAGGUUCUCAAGUGAAAAAUAACUAUAAUUCUAUGUUAGCUCAAUUGUUAUUCCAUAUUUUGUCAUAAAAUCUUCAUUAAAUAAAACCAUUUUUUGCAUA